CGCUCGCAGUCGUUCGGCAAAAAAGUCACCGACCGAAAAGAGAGAAAAGAAAAUAAUUGCGAAUAAAAUGGGAGAACGUUUCAAAGGUCAGACUAAGAGCUUCGUAUGUUCCUUCUUCAACUGUAAGGCUUCAUUUUCCAAGUCCUGGAAGCUGGAAGCUCAUUACUGCAAACACACAGGGCUGAGACCUUUUGCUUGUGAUAGCUGUGAUAAAAGUUUUUGCACCAGGUACCAGCUCACCAGGCACAAUCUGAGCCACAGUGGGAAGAAGCCAUACCAAUGUUUGGUGCAUGGAUGUUCAGAAGGCUUUACCAGUACUGCAGGGUUAAAGAACCAUGUUGAACGUGUGCACCAGCACAAGGAGAAGCAGUAUGUAUGUGAUUAUGAGGGUUGUUUGAAAACCUUUCAUAAAAAUAACCAGCUGAAGGCUCACAAAUGUGAGCACACGAACCAGUUACCGUUCGAAUGUCAAUAUGAGGGCUGUGGGAAGAAGUACGUGACUUCUAAAAAGCUGCAAAAACAUGAGAAAGUGCAUGAUGGUUAUCCGUGCGUUGAAGAGGGCUGUGAAUUCCAGGGAAGGACGUGGACGGAAUAUCAGGCGCACAGGAAAGCGGAGCACAGAGAGGCUUUGCAGUGUGAAAGCUGUACAAAGGUUUUCCAUAAAGCCUGGUUUCUAAAGAAGCACAGACUCUUCGUCCACAUGGGUGUACGUCGAAUCUUCAAGUGCACUAAGGAGGGCUGUACGAAAACCUACACCACUCACUUCAACCUCCAGAAUCACAUCCUUUCCUUCCAUGAGGGCAAGCGCUCCUUCAUCUGCCCUCAUGACGGUUGUGGGAAAGCGUUCGCCAUGGAGGAAAGUCUGAAGCGACAUGCUGUAAUCCAUGACCCUCAGAAGAAAAAGAUAGUAAACCUCAAGAAGACUAAGAGAGGACGGAAGAAGAAACCCAGGAUGAACGUUUCAAAUGCCUCUGAAAUGUCUGAACAGCUGAAACAUCUUUCUCUAAAUGUUUCCCAGAACAAGCCCACAACAUCCUGUGAUCAAUGAGGACUUCCUCAUUAGUCGACUUUACAUUCACUAUCCAGCUUAAUUCUAUCUAAAACACUACUAAAUAAACUCACUUCUCUGCAA